AGGGGGCCGCGCUCUGCCCCCAAACGCGGGCCCACCGAGGAGCCAUCUUCUCAGACCACAAUGAAUGUGGAACAUGAAAUUAGCCUCUUAGUUGAGGAGAUUCGGCGGUUGGGAACCAAAAAUGCUGAUGGACAAGUGAGCGUGAAAUUUGGUGUGCUCUUUGCUGAUGAAAAGUGUGCCAACCUCUUUGAAGCCCUAGUGGGAACUCUUAAGGCUGCAAAACGACGGAAGAUUGUCACUUAUCAAGGGGAGCUACUUUUACAAGGUGUUCAUGACAACGUUGAUAUCAUGCUACUGCAGGACUGAUGCAGUGUUUCAGCUAUGCAUUAAUAGAAUUGUUUGAGACAGUGACUUCCAACAUCCUCUGAAUAAGGCUGAUCAUUCUAAGGUGUUUUGAUGUAUUUUCUAUAUCUUUAUAGUCAAAAGGAAACUGCCCUAUUUUGGAAAAUAUAACAUUCCCUUUUGUAAUUCUUUCUAAAAUGGUACUGUAUGUGAGUAAGGUAAAAGAUGCCAGAUCUCCC